AUGGCUGACCAGCUGACCCCUGAGCAGAUUGCAGAAUUCAAGGAGGCUUUCUUCAUGUUUGACAAGGAUGGUGAUGGUACCAUUACUGCCCAAGAGCUGGGGACGGUCAUGAGAUCCCUGGGGCAGACCCCUUCAGAUCAAGAGCUACAGGACCUCAUCAAUUCAGCAGAUGUAGAUGGCAAUGGCCUUAUUGAUUUUUCCGAAUUUUUGACCAUGAUGGCUAAAAAAAUGAAAGACGCUGAUGUGGAAGAAGAAAUCCAUGAAGCAUUUAAGGUGUUUGACAAAGAUGGAGAUGGGUCCAUCAGUGCUGCCGAGUUGCAUCUAGCCAUGAAAAACCUAGGGGAGAAAUUAACAGAGGAUGAAAUCUAUGAAAUGAUCAAUGAAGCAGACAUUGAUGGAGACGGGCAGAUAAGCUUUGAAGAAUUCAAGGAAGCUUUUUCCUUAUUUGAUAGGGAUGGGGAUGGCACCAUUACAACAAGAGAGCUCGGAACUGUCAUACGAUCAUUAGGUCAAACCGCAACAGAUCAAGUGUUGCAAGAUAUGGUCAAUGAAGUGGAUGUAGAUGGAAAGGGAACAAUUGAGUUCAAGGAAUUCCUGAACAUAAUGGCCAUGAGAGUAAAAGGCCCAGAUAUUGAAGAAGAAAUGCGGGAGGCAUUCAGGAUACUCGACAAGGAUAACGACGGGUCAAUCAGUGAAACUGAAAUGCGGCAGAUCAUGAAAAACCUAGGGGAGAAAUUAACAGAUGAAGAAAUUGACACAAUGCUCAAAGAGGCCGAUAUUGAUGGAGACGGACUAGUGAAUUAUGAUGAAUUCAAGGAGGCUUUCUCCAUGUUUGAUAAAGAUGGUGAUGGUACCAUUACAACUCAAGAGCUGGGCACUAUCAUGAAAUCCCUGGGCCAGGCCCCAACUGACCAAGAGUUGAAAGACAUGAUCAGCGAAGUGGAUGCAGAUGGGAGUGGAUCGAUUGAUUUCAACGAAUUCUUAACCAUGAUGGCUAAGAAAAUGAAAGACACCGACACUGAAGAAGAAAUUCGUGAAGCCUUCAAGGUUUUUGACAAGGAUGGUGAUGGGUCCAUCAGUGCAGCAGAACUGCGAAUGGCUGACCAGCUGCCCCCUGAGCAAAUAGCUGAAUUCCGAGAAGCCUUUGCUUUAUUUGACAAGGAUGGCGAUGGUACCAUUACUUCUAAAGAGCUGGGGACAGUCAUGAGAGCCUUGGGUCAAAACCCAUCAGAGGCAGAGCUACAGGACAUGAUCAAUGAAGUGGACGCAGAUAGCAACGGAAUUGUAGAUUUCACCGAAUUCCUGACCUUGAUGGUCAAGAGGAUUAAGGAACUGGACAGUGAGGAAGAAAUCCGCGAGGCCUUCAAGGUUUUCGAUAAGGACGGCGAUGGAUCCAUCAGCGCUGAGGAACUUCACCUGGUCAUGAAAAACCUUGGGGAGGAUCUAACAGAUGAAGAAAUAUACGAAAUGAUCAGAGAAGCUGACAUGGAUGGUGACGGCCAAAUCAAUUACGAAGAAUUUGUCCAGAUGAUGACUGCAAAGUGA